GAAAAUCUAAUAAAUUAAAAAAGAGAAAACAAGAACAACACAAAUUAACAAAUAGCUAAUCCAAUAUGCUGGGAAUAAACUAAAGCGGAAAACUUCAGCUGAAUAAUUGAACUAACUAAGAGGAACCGAGCAGAAUGUGAUCUAAAUAUAAUUAAGAAGCAGAUGAACUAGAGAAAACUUUGUGCAUUGUAAAUCGCUAAGACGUUGUCCAGCACUAGAUGACAUGUGUGGUGUGCCAGUGUUGCCAAACUCAAAUAGAAAACCCUAAGCAAGCCAUUCAAACUCAAUAACAAGAAAUCAGUGGAUCGAUUAAUCGAUAGGCCGAUAAACGCAAACCAAAUAUAGCAAAGGCAUUGAGCAUAUCGAUGUGCAUAUAUGUAUUGCUGUAGCUAUAGCCAAAUACACAGACAUAGACUUUAACGACAACUGUAUAUAUCAUGACCAAAAAGUACGAGUUCGAUUGGAUAAUUCCGGUGCCGCCGGAACUAACAACUGGCGCGGUCUUCGAUCGCUGGUUCGAGAACGAGAAGGAGACCAAAGAGAAUGACUUUGAGCGCGAUGCGCUCUUCAAAGUCGAUGAGUAUGGUUUCUUUCUCUACUGGAAGAGCGAGGGACGGGAUGGCGAUGUCAUUGAGCUGUGUCAAGUGAGCGACAUUCGAGCUGGCGGCACUCCAAAGGAUCCAAAGAUAUUGGAUAAAGUAACCAAAAAGAAUGGCACGAAUAUACAGGAACUGGAUAAACGUUCGCUCACCAUAUGCUCGAACACGGACUAUAUCAAUAUAACAUAUCAUCAUGUUAUUUGCCCCGAUGCAGCAACAGCCAAGAUCUGGCUAGAUGGCAUACGAAAAAUAACACAUAAUGUCAAAGCGAACAAUAUCUGUCCGAUGAUGUGUCUGAGAAAACAUUGGAUGCGUCUCAGCUAUUGUGUGGAAAAGAGUGGCAAGAUACCAGUUAAGACGCUGGCCAAAACAUUCGCAUCUGGCAAAACUGAGAAGCUGGUGUACACGUGCAUCAAGGAUGCGGGCCUGCCGGACGAUAAGAAUGCGACAAUGACGAAGGAACAGUUCACGUUUGAUAAGUUUUAUGCGCUCUACCACAAGGUCUGUCCCCGCAACGAUAUCGAGGAGCUAUUCACAUCGAUCACAAAGGGCAAACAGGAUUUUAUCAGUCUGGAACAGUUCAUACAGUUCAUGAACGAAAAGCAGCGCGAUCCGCGCAUGAACGAGAUCCUCUAUCCGCUGUAUGAGGAGAAACGCUGCACGGAGAUUAUCAAUGACUACGAGAACGAUGAGGAGAAGAAGAAGAAUGGACAACUCUCGUUGGACGGGUUCAAGCGCUACCUGAUGUCCGAUGAGAAUGCGCCUGUGUUUCUGGAUCGCCUCGACUUCUAUAUGGAAAUGGACCAGCCCUUGGCGCAUUACUAUAUCAAUAGUUCGCAUAAUACGUAUUUGUCCGGACGCCAGAUCGGCGGCAAGAGCUCCGUCGAAAUGUACCGGCAGACUCUGCUCGCGGGCUGUCGCUGCGUUGAGCUGGAUUGCUGGAAUGGCAAGGGCGAGGAUGAGGAGCCGAUUGUUACUCACGGCCACGCCUACUGUACGGAAAUCUUGUUUAAGGAUUGCAUUCAGGCCAUAGCGGAUUGCGCUUUCGUCUCGUCGGAAUAUCCGGUGAUUCUGUCCUUUGAGAAUCAUUGCAAUCGGGCGCAGCAAUACAAAUUAGCUAAAUACUGUGAUGACUUUUUUGGUGAUCUGCUACUGAAGGAGCCUCUGCCGGAUCAUCCGCUCGAACCGGGUCUACCGCUGCCGCCGCCGUGCAAGCUAAAGCGCAAGAUUCUCAUCAAAAACAAACGCAUGAAGCCCGAGGUGGAGAAGGUCGAACUGGAGCUCUGGCUCAAGGGCGAGCUGAAGACCGACGACGAUCCCGAGGAGGAUGCCAGCGCAGGCAAGCCACCAGAGACCGCUGCUGCCCCGGCGCCCGUCCCAGAGGCAGCUGCCGCCGAUGCCGCAGCCGAGGGCGCAGGCGGUGCCGAGGCGGAAGCAGCUGCUGCCAACUACAGCGGCUCCACCACCAAUGUGCAUCCCUGGCUCUCAUCCAUGGUCAAUUAUGCGCAGCCCAUCAAAUUCCAGGGCUUCGACAAGGCAAUCGAAAAGAACAUAGCCCACAACAUGUCGUCGUUUGCGGAAUCGGCGGGAAUGAAUUACUUGAAGCAGAGCUCGAUCGACUUUGUCAAUUACAACAAGCGUCAAAUGUCGCGCAUCUAUCCGAAGGGCACGCGAGCCGACUCGUCCAACUAUAUGCCGCAGGUAUUUUGGAACGCUGGCUGCCAGAUGGUCUCAUUGAAUUUCCAGACAUCCGAUCUGCCCAUGCAACUGAAUCAGGGCAAAUUCGAAUACAAUGGCGGCUGCGGCUACUUGCUGAAGCCGGACUUUAUGCGACGCGCCGACAAGGACUUCGAUCCGUUCGCGGAUGCUCCGGUGGACGGUGUGAUUGCGGCCCAGUGCUCGGUGAAGGUGAUCGCCGGCCAGUUCUUGUCGGACAAGAAGGUGGGCACCUACGUGGAGGUGGACAUGUUUGGCCUGCCGUCGGACACUGUGAAGAAGGAGUUCCGCACGCGCCUGGUGCCCAACAACGGGCUCAAUCCCGUCUACAACGAGGAUCCGUUCGUGUUCCGCAAGGUGGUGCUGCCCGAUUUGGCGGUGCUGCGCUUUGGCGUCUAUGAGGAGAGCGGCAAAAUGAUUGGACAACGCAUCCUGCCCCUGGAUGGCCUGCAGGCUGGCUACCGCCACGUCUCGCUGCGUACCGAGGCCAAUUUCCCGAUGUCGUUGCCCAUGCUGUUUGUAAACAUCGAAUUGAAGAUUUAUGUACCUGAUGGCUUUGAGGACUUCAUGGCCAUGCUGUCGGAUCCGCGCGGCUUUGCCGGCGCCGCCAAACAGCAGAACGAGCAAAUGAAGGCGCUGGGCAUUGAGGAGCAGAGCGGCGGGGCCGCUCGCGACGCCGGCAAGGCCAAGGAGGAGGAGAAGAAGGAGCCGCCGCUUGUCUUCGAGCCGGUCACCCUCGAAUCGUUGCGGCAGGAGAAGGGCUUUCAGAAGGUCGGCAAGAAGCAGAUCAAGGAGCUGGACACGCUGCGCAAGAAGCACGCCAAGGAGCGCACCUCGGUGCAGAAGACCCAAAAUGCGGCCAUCGACAAGCUGAUCAAGGGCAAGAGCAAAGAUGAUAUUCGCAACGAUGCGACCAUUAAGAAUGCGAUCAACGACCAGACCAAGCAGUGGACCGACAUGAUUGCACGCCACCGCAAGGAGGAAUGGGACAUGCUGCGCCAGCAUGUCCAGGACUCCCAGGACGCCAUGAAGGCGCUCAUGCUGACCGUACAGGCGGCCCAGAUCAAGCAGCUCGAGGACCGUCAUGCCAGGGAUAUCAAAGAGCUCAAUGCCAAGCAGGCCAAGACUUCGGCUGACACCGCCAAGGAAGUCCAAAACGACAAGACCCUUAAGACCAAAAACGAAAAGGAUCGUCGUCUGCGCGAAAAGCGUCAGAACAAUGUCAAACGCUUUAUGGAGGAGAAAAAGCAAAUCGGCGUUAAGCAGGGUCGCGCCAUGGAAAAAUUGAAAUUGGCACACGCUAAACAGGUUGAGGAAUUUAGUACCGAUGUGCAAAAGCUUAUGGAUAUGUACAAAAUCGAGGAGGAGGCCUAUAAGACCCAAGGAAAGACGGAGUUUUAUGCUUAAGCAACAGCAACAAGAGCAACAACAGCUUAAAGAAAUCUAUAUAAAAAGUUUAAGAGGAAGAAGAGGAGUUUUAGUGUACGCCUAUAUAAUUUAGAACUAUGAAGAAGAUGAAGAAAUCAAUUCAAAAACAAAACAAAC